UUCCCACGGCGCACUGUACGAGCCUCCUUCACAGUCGACGACGGCCUGUCUGACUUUGUCGCAGAAGACAGACAUUGGGUUUUCACUCACUUAAAGAUCCAUCCCAAUUGUCAGAAGCUCGUGCGCAGCGGCCGCACAAGCUAAACAGCGCGCCAGCUGCGAAUACGAAACAUCUGCGGAUACGAAAGAGGACACCAUUCUCAUCAGGCCUUGCCAUCGCGACCAUAACCUUACAGUCGACAGAUAUCGAGACUGCUGUAUCUUGACACCAAGUUCGUGGUGCCAGAAGGCCGGCUCUCUUUGCACCAUGCACCUGGCGUUACCUGCGAGGAAAUCAACACACCCCCCACCGUAUGCACCCCGGACAAGACGGUUUCCAAUGCUUCGCAGAAGUAGAGUUCAGGCGAUAGUGAUUGGCUUGUGUGUGCUGAGCGCAGUGUUGUUCCUAAUAUCGCACCUUGGUGGAUCAGAUGGAGUUCCUUCAGGAACGCCCCCGGUGGUGAUAGUCACGGUGCUGGACCAGGACAACUACAGCAAGGCAUACAUUGACAAUAUCAAAGAGAACCGGAUUGAGUACGCCAGAAAACAUGGCUACACAACAUUCUUCCCUAGCAAUACCGACUACGACCUAGCUGGAGCCCCGAGUUCAUGGGCACGAGUGCCUGCUCUUCGACAUGCUUUAACCAAGUUCCCUCACAGCACUUUCUUUUGGUUUCUGGAUCAGAACUCCUUGAUCAUGAAUCCGGCGUUGACGAUCGAGGGCCACGUUAUGAACCCGAUAGAGAGUUUGAUGAUCAAAGACCAGCCAAUUGUGCCACCGGAUAGUGUCAUCAAGACCUUCUCGCAUCUGAAAGCACACCAAGUCGACCUGGUUCUUUCGCAGGAUAGAGAUGGGCUCGCCCACGGAAGCUUCAUAGUCCGUCGAGGAGAAUGGAGCAAGUUCUUUCUUGAUACUUGGUUCGACCCUCUAUAUCGUUCUUACAAUUUCCAGAAGGCAGACGCACAUGCUCUGGAACAUAUUGUACAAUGGCAUCCUACUAUCCUAUCGAAACUCGUGCUGAUCCCACAACGAAUUAUAAACGCUUAUAGCCCAGGGGGUCCUGCAGAAGAGUCAGGAAUGUACCAUGAUGGAGACUUUGUCAUUCGCUUUGCAGGAUGCGACCAAGGAGGUGGACGCGAUUGUAUAAAGGAGGCGGACCCUUUCUCGAAGCAAUGGCGUACGGUUUUUCACUCACAACGUUAAAGCUUUCACCUCGAUAUAUUGAUUGAAAGGAUGCGACCAUACGGCCAUAGUGGCCUCGAUGACCUACGACUUGCAAGGAGACACUGAGGACCGGCGUUCCUGGCGUAAAAACAUUGCGUGGAGAACGAGCCAGCAAUAUUGCAUGGACAUCCGCAAUGGUACUGGCGUUUUGUGGUGUGGAAGAAGCAAGAAUCUGCUCUCCUGUGUAUUAUUUCACAUGCCCUCGCAGUCAUGGGACUG